AUGUGACAUGAUUCAGCGACAAGAGCGCAGCCAUUGGGCAGUAGAACCAUCGAGAGGCGGCUACGCAGGUAUAUAUAAGCUAAGCUAACCAAGUCUUACCAAACAGUAGAGAACCAAGAUUUAGUAAUCCAAUUUUGGCAACACAGGGUAGAGAAGUUACACAAUUUCGACAACUAAGCGACUUGGACACAUAUCUUCAUUUGAGAAUUUAGUUUAACACCAAGUUGGUAAGUGUAAACUACUUGCAUUAAAUUUAAACAGACUCAGACAGUAUGUCAAUGUCAUUAGACAGACUGUCUGGACUGUAGAAAGUAGAAUUAAUUAUAAUUAAUAUUAAUACUAAGUAAUAGUAUUACUACUCGGUAUACCUUACUACUCUUACUAAGUCUGCGUCUUCCUAGUCUUACUCUUACUCAGGCCUAAAAUACUGGUACUAAGACUAUUAUAAAUAACUAAUACUAGUAGUAAUAGUAAUAAUAAUAAAAGACAACUGAGUAGACGCAGUAGUAGUAACUUACUCACUCCGUAAAGUAUAACAAAGUUUGAACAAUAACAACGUCUUUAUGAUAUAAGUACUAGUACUUUACUAUUACUAUGAGAUUCAAUGUCUACUUAAUUUUAAUGAUAAUAUUGAUGAUCUAAACUAAUAGUGAGAUAAGACUGAUAAGAUAAGACUAUACUUAUACACUAUAAACUAUAGACUAUAAUUAAGAUUCUUUUAUUUUUAUUGAUCCAAAUAAAUGGAAAUAGUAGACUUAAAGACUUACUAACUAACAAUCCUGUUUAACUCUACUAGUAGUAGUAGUAGAAUCUAGUUCAAAUUUACCAGGACCAGGAAAGUUAAUUAGAAUUUAGAAGUCAAUUAGAUGGCUACCAUAGGCCUAGAGCCUAGAGUUAAAUUUAUGACUUACGCCACUAAUGUUAUUGUUAUGACUUUAAAAAAUACUAUAAAUACAAAUUACUAAGUGUAAGAGUAAGAGUGACUAAGACUACUAAUUAUUUAACAGAAUAGUAAAUAUUUUUUUUUAUUAGUAAUAUUAAUUGUUGAUGAUUUAUUAAUACUUAUAAUUAAUAUUAAUAGCAAUACUACUAACUAGCAAUAGCUUUUUUAAAUAUUACUAUUAGUAAGUUCGUAAGAUUAAGAUGUAUAAGUAUAGUAUAAUAUAAUCUUGAUUCUGACUCUGUUUUAAGUGUCAGUUCAAUUUAAAUAUUGAUGAGGGUGUUGAUAACACUGAAAGUGAAAGGGUGUAUUUGCAUGGUAGUUUACUACAAAUAACCUUAGCCACAGCACUUCAAGUCAACAAAUUUUGUUGACAUUUGUAAAAGAGUAAGUUUUAUCAACACCUCAUCCUCAUUUUUAUUGAACUGACACUUCAUCAAUCAAACAGAAUUGAGAUUAUAUAAUCUAAUGACUGGACAGCAAGUAAUCAAUAACCCAUUAAUUUAUCGAAGUGUCUACAUGUCCGGCGACCGAGAUAUUCGUCCGGCUAUUAUAUAUUCGACCAAGUCACAUGGCAGCCGUUACAAAGUUGCGCGAGAUAUUUGUCCAUCAGCCUCGUCAUGUAACAGCUAAUAGUUGAACAGAGUUUACGGUACAUCAUUUCAACCAAUUCAAGAUGGUCUGAACAUUGACAUGAAAAAGAAAUAUGUUCAAUUCUACAAAAGAAACACUAGUACCAUUGCUGGUAUAUAUAAUGAAAAAAGGUUUAAAAUGUGACAAUGUUAAAUAAGGUGUGACAUGCCCGUCGGAUGAAUAUCUUAUGCAAUAUAUUUUCUGGUCGUAGGACGUGUAGACACUGCCUUAAUUUAUAUCAUAAUUCUUUAUUAACACCAAAUAUUACUAAUAAUUUUGUUCAUCCUUAAAGCAAGUUAGUUUCAUAGUCUUAGGCAGACUUAGGUUCCUCGGAAAUGGCGAUAUCAAGUUAAUUUGUUAAUACUUAAAAAGAUUAUAAACAAUCGACAUAAUGAUAAUGGCCUUUAUUUUAUGACUCUAUUAUAUACUUAUUAUUAAGUUUUAGUGGACCAUUCAGUCUUCUACUUGUAAUAAAAGUUACAAGUUAAAUAUGUUUUUAUGUCUUUUGUUCAGAUUCCUUGGGCUUGAAAGUAAAAUAAUUUAGUGAGACAGUUCAAUUUCACUUUUAUUUGCAAAUUACAGAUCAACAACAAGGAUGACCCUAACAGUGAAAGUGUUUUUUGAGCGGGCCAAUGGGCCAAAUGAGAUUCGCAGGUUUCCUGUAGAUAUUUCAUCAGGAAAAGAUUAUUUCAAAGACACCAAGGAUAAAAUUAUGCAGCUUUAUCCUGCUUUGUCCAGUGGAAACUUCAGUCUAUUCUGGCAAGGUGAGCAAUAUCAAAACAGCUAUGAAUCUGAACUAGUUUUCUUCUAUUUUUAGUUUGACCUUUGGCAGAUUUAUAUUGGUAUUUUUCACCAAACUUGUGAAUUAUUGUAAUAGUGUACUGAACAAUUGUUUGGUGCCCAUCUUCUAUCAUUUAAAUAGGAGUGACUACUGGCUGCAUGCUUUAUAUUUAAAUAUAUACAUCUCUCUCUGUAGUUUUAUUUAAAUGCAGGAAUUUAUUUUAAAUGAAUAUAAUAGUUUAAAUUUGUUAAUUACAGAUCCAGAUGGAGAUAAAAUAUCUUUUUCAACAACUGAAGAAAUGAAGGAUGCUAUCACUUAUGUUAAUGAUGGAGUUCUUCGUGUAUACAUUCAAGGUAAAUUUCUUUUUUUUUAAAUCUUUAAAUCAUUACAAUCUUUGCAAUGAGUAAAAAUAUGAACUAAAUUUUUGGAACAUUUAAUUGUUUAAAACAAGUUAAUAAUGUUAAAAAGUUACGUUAAUUUGAAAGAAGUUUAUAAUGUAAAAAGGUUACCAAAUUUAUUAAAUGUUUUAUUUUACUUGAAUUAAAAGUAAUAUUUAUUGUUAUCUUUAGAACCCAUGGAUCAGUCUGAACCAGCUGCUGUCCCACUUCGACCCCAGCAACCACCACAACAGCCGAAGUCAAACCCCCAGGCUGAACCAGCUGAAGGUGGCUCUCAGCAACAAGAUCAGGCGCCCAAGCAAGGUCAAAAACCAGAAGGACCAUUACACAUUGGUGUAACUUGUGACGGGUGUGAAGGACCUGUGGUUGGCAUUCGUUAUAAGUGCUGUGUGUGCCCUGACUAUGACCUGUGUGAGGCUUGCGAAGGAAAAGGAAAGCACACUGAGCAUGACAUGUUCAAGAUAACUACACCAAGGGUCAACCCAAUGGUAAGAUAGGCACUGUCCAAAUAAUUUGACUGAUAGAUAUUUUGAUUCAAUGGUGUCUUCAUUAUAUGUACUUGUUUGGAGUUUCAUUUAAUAAAUAAGUGGUUCCUAAAAUUGUUUAUUCUCUGUGCCCUAACUGAAACUAGGAUUUCCUUUUGUAAAAUUCCAACAUCAAAAUGAAAUAAAUAUUUCUUUUGAGAUUAAAGGGUUAGAUAGAAAUAAAUAAAACGUGUAAAAAUCUUGAUUUGUAAGUAAAUUUUGGUAUUACUUAGUGGGCUUUAAAUUGUUUUUUACACCCUGAUUUUAAUGUUAGUAUUCUACAUUAACAAAUUUUGUAAUAGAUAUUUUUCAAGGCUUUUCUUUAAUUAUCAAAGUGAUUUUAAAAAAAUCUUGUUUACCAUUGCAGAGCUUCUUCCCCCCACAUUUGAACCGAUACAUUCAAAGAUGCAUGCGGGGCAUGGGACCUGCCGGACCCAGUUUUCCUGGUUGUGGCGGUGGAGCCAGUGCCAGUGCUGAGACUGGCAGUCAGGAGGACAGAGAGAAAGCCAGGGAUGAAUAUUUGAACAGUGUUGGUGCAAAUAUUGCAGCUUUCUUGGACCCUUUUGGUAAUGUCAAUACUUUUUUUUUGUUUAAACAUUUAAAAUAAAAUUUCGUAAUUUAAAAUAAAAGUUUCUUUAUAGAAUAUUGAGUUAGGGUACUGUACCUUUUUUUAUAUUUCCAUGGUUAAUUAAAUUUAAUAAAUUUCACCUCUAGAUGGUAUUUUGUUCUUAUAUAUUCAAUUAAAACAUUCUUUACAGUUUAGAAUAAGUUUUUUCUGCUUAUUAUUUUUUCAGUCUUUAACUUUUAGUUAAUUUGAAAAUUGCCAUUUUGUUUUUUCAUUCAAUCACUGUAAAUGAAUCUGUGAUGAACAUUAUAGUUUUGAUAGGAAGAGAAAUAUUGUCCUUCACAUGAAAUAAAGCCAUGCUUUGAUUUCAGGUAUUGAUGUAUCUUAUGAUGUACAUCAUGGACCUCAAGGCUUUCCUCAUGGACCUCAAGGCUUUCCUCAUGGACCUCAAGGCUUUCCUCAUGGAGGCUUCGCUCGAGGAGGCUUCUCUCGUGGAGGUUGCCAUUCUGCUUGGGGAAGAGGAGGCGCUAGAUGCCCAGCCUGGGAGAAUAUGAGACAAAGAUCCCAGCAAGAGAACGGUGCGGAGGCUCAAAAAGCACCAGAUGCCAAAGAGAAGGGCACCCAAGGCAUGGAGACAGAUGGAGGAGAAGCUGCCCCAAGAGAGGGAAACCACAAAAUACCAAUGCCAGAUGCUAAAAUGGUAAUAAUAUACUCUUAUAUUUAUAUAAAUUGAAAUUACUUUGUUCCAUAUUCCCUUUUUUUUUUCAAUAUCCAUCAGAGGCAAAGGCAGUCUAAAACUUUAAAAGGUAAUAUGUUACAUUACUAUGCCUAACGAUAACUAAAGUCUUCUCUUUUUUUUUUCAGUUCCAAUCCAUUUUUUUUUCACGUAUCUUGUUGAUUUUUAAAAAUAAAAUGGUUACUUUUGAGGUUGAAGUAAGGAAUAAUUGCACCAAGCUCAAACCCAUUUACAAAUAUGUCAUCCCAUGUCUCCUUCCUCCACCAGCCUGAAGAACACACUGGUGAUGAAUGGACAUUCAUAGCCCCUGAGGAUCCAAUCAAUGUGAUGCCGUAUGCAUUUACCUCCACCACCCCUAUCCCUAUGCCUGCACCCUCUGGAUACCCAGCCCAAGACCCCCCUACCUAUUCUGCUCCAGCCUCAAGCACAGGUCCCCAGGAGACACAGGCCAGCACUGCACCAAAGACCAACAUCUAUCCUAGUGAGUAUUUUUUGUUGUUUUUUUUGCAUCACUCAUUUACACCUUGAUACUGCAAAGAGUCAGUGGGAUUUCACUGCAGAAUCAAUCUAAAUAUUUCUAUUUGGUUCUCAUUUAAAGGAGAAAGCCCUUGUGGUGAAACGAUAAGUUACUGCACUUAAUCAAAUAAAAUAUUACAUGGCUCUUUCAUUUAAAUAAUAAUAAUAAAACUUUUUUUUUAAAUUUCAGAUCUGCAAAUUCAACAAAGUCUUGACCAGAUGAUUCUGAUGGGUUUUUCCAACACAGACAAUUGGCUGUCUGACCUGCUCAUCGAGCACAAUGGUGAUAUUGGUGCCACAUUGGAUGCCAUCAAGGCAAAGGCCACCCAGCAGCUCAACUCUCUGCGGGACAACCAUUAAGUGUUUCAACACUGAAUUGAUGUAGUUGAUGCGAAUUUGUUCUUUCAAAGGGAUUUUUAAAAAAUGUUUUUUGUAAUGGCUUUUAAAAUAUUUGCUGUGCUUAUUUUAUCUUUAAUCUGAUUUAUUAUGGGACCUAUUUUUAAAAGUAAAAUGCAAAUUUAUUUUAAAAUUAAUUUCAUUUACAUUUGUUGAGAGUUUUGUAAUGGACUAAAAUUUAAUUUAAAGGAGCUUGUAAGGUUAACAAUUCCAAAUUGUUGUUGCCAUUUAAAAAAAAAAAAAUUAUUGUUACCUUUUUCUUCAGGAACUGUUUAGUUUUAAAUCUUGCCUUCAGACAUAAAUUCAACACUAUGUCAAUUUUAUUUUGCUUGUCUUAAUUCCACUCUCCAACACAUAAUCUAUUUAGAAGGUGUAUUGUUUUGAGAAUAAAAUGUAAUUGGCUUGUUUUUUAUGUAUUCUAUGUGAUGAAAAUUUCUUUUUUUUUUUAAAUUUGUUAAUUUUUUGUGCAUUUUAUGUUUCUUACCUUCUCUAUUUCAUUUUUCUUUUACUGAAACAGUUGAUUUGUAAUUUAUCAGAUUCAAUAGGUAGAAGAGAGGUAAUCAAAAAAGGGUACAUGGCACAAAAUACAUUUUGCACAUUUUAUCUAUAAUUUAAAACUUAGGGAACUCAUAGCCAAUUUGUAAAAUUAGUUUUUAUUAGCAAUCCUGUAAUAGAUCCCUGCUCUAAAAUUGAUGUCAAGUUUACAGAUUGAAAAACUCUUAAUGUGGUUUUUAAAGUUUGAACAGCUUCUGUCAUAUCUUCAUAUUGUAUACUUAAUAUUUUUCCCUGUGUAAUCAUUUGCUAUUGUCUCCGGACUAGAAGAUAUUUUCCCCUAUGUUUAUCGUAAGCUCUCAGGACGAGGUUUAAAAACGAAAUCUCAUCUUUUGUCGUUCUAGGUUAACAACUUCAGGAAGCUAAAAAUUAGUGUAAUUUGCAGCAGCUCUGCCAGGGGGCUAUUGAUUUUGUACUUGUGUGGUGUGGAAUGUCAAUAUUUUGACAAAGAAAAGUCUGGCAUGUCAUUGGUAUAUAAUAGGUUCAUUCUUCUCACACUCUGACAUUUUUUUAGUGUCUUGCUAAAACAAGAGAAAAUGUUCUGAAUCAUUUUAGUCAAUAAAUUCUAGCAUUAUCUUGAAUGUUCUUUGUGAAUACAAAAAAAAAGUCAGGUUUUUAAACUAAUUAUUACCCAGUGGGAUAGAUAUGUAUAUUGGUAUUAGAUAUUUAAAGUGUUUCAAAAAUUUUAUAAAUUAAAAUUUUUCUGUUAUAACAUGAAAUAAAUGUAGAGAAUACUUAAA